AUGGCCAGCCACGCUCCGUUUGACUCCGAUUGCGUCGCGGCAAUCGAGGGUAGCUCCCACUUUACCGCCAAACAAGAGGGCUCACCCGCUCCUUCGCGCUCAACAUCGCUUGGCCUCGAAUCGGUCAUCACAGAAAACAUUGAGAAUAAUGGAGCGUCCACGACCGUCGGGCGAAAGCGCAAGCUGAACAGCACGUCGUCGCGCGGUGUACACAAUCUCACUCCCGAUCAAUUGGCGAAGAAACGUGCCAAUGACCGCCAGGCGCAGCGCGCGAUUCGCGAGCGCACCAAGGGGCACAUUGAAGCUUUGGAACAGCAAGUCCGGGACCUCUCGUCUCAAAAGCCCUUCCUCGAUCUGCAGGCUGCCAUUCAAGACAAUGAGCGUAUUCGGUCGGAGAACAGAGAACUACGCGCAGGACUCAAGGCGGCGAUGGACAUCAUCCAACCUUUACUCGCAAAGCCGGAGCCGAGUGAUCUACCGACUUUUCUCUCUCUGCGGACAUCCGUCCCACCCCCGGCCAAUACUCCUUACUUCCUCGAUUCCGAACACUUGACACCCGGUAGCCAAGCGGGAGGCCCAGUCGACAAGCCUUACGCCGAGUCUAUUGCAAGCCUUGACACACCUUCUCCUGCACGGUCAGCCUCCGCCCCAGGGAGUCGCCGCAACAGUAGCAAUGGAGCCCUACAGACAACUUCAUUCCGCAAUGUGCUGGAUUCACAACGCCAUCACGUCGCCCAUGGGCUUGACUUCAGCGUGGAGGAACGAUUAGGUUUCAAUUUCCUCUUGGAUCCCUCCCAGAAUGUUCCCAAGAUCGAUCGUCUUCGGCGCAGAAGCUCUGAAAACAUCAGGGCCACUCAUCCGGCCACCCCUUCACCACUUCACUUGCAACCAUUGAGUCACCCCCCAUCCAACCAGGCGACAAGUGCAUUCGCUUCCCCUAUCAAAAAUACUGGUCCUGUAUGUCCAUUAGACAGCAUCCUACUGGAUUUUCUGCAUAAUCGGCAACGCGAGGCGGCGCAGGGAAUCCCACGUCAGAAGCUUGUUGGACCACCAUACCCGAGCGUCUCUUCACUGUUGAACCCCGAGAAGGGUGCAUAUUCGCACCCGGUGUCAAAGGUAUUCACAGACAUUCUUCGCACAUUCCCCGACAUUUCCUCAUUGCCGGAGCAAGUUGCCGUGCUCUACACCAUGUUCCUUCUCAUGCGGUGGCAGAUCUAUCCUACCCAAGAGAACUAUGACCGAUUGCCGGAAUGGCUCAGGCCUUGUCCUACACAACUUCUUGAGGCCCAUCCUGCCUGGAUGGACUACAUACCAUGGCCCCGAAUGCGUGAGCGUCUUUCUACAACCCACCAGGAUUACCCAUUCGAGCAUUGGUUCAUUCCGUUCACUCGUGGCUUGUCCGUCAACUGGCCAUACGAAGCCACUGACUGCCUGCUGUCAGCCGGUGACUCGGACGAGCUACUCAUUAACCCCGUUUUUGAGCGACACAUGCGAAAUCUUGACAACUGGUCUUUGGGUCUGUUAUUUGCAGAGACCUAUCCCAGUCUGGUCGAUGCAACGCGGAUCAGACCUGAGGUGACCCAAAAGCCAUCAACACCGUGUCCCUUACCUUCCUCUUGA